AUGGCCGAAGAAAAGAUGCAGCUGGAGGACUGGUUGGAUGACCUCUGUGUCCGAUUCAUUAUCAACCUUCCCGAAGAAGAUUUGUCGUCGGUUGCACGCAUAUGCUUUCAGAUCGAGGAGGCACAAUGGUUCUACGAAGAUUUCGUCCGCCCGCUCGACCCGACCCUUCCCUCUAUGACGCUCCGAAGCUUUAGUCUAAGGAUAUUUCAGCACUGUCCCCUCCUCGCUCCCUUCUCGGUCGAGAAUCAUACGAAAGCCUUCGAAGAGUUUUUGCAAUACAAGACGAGAGUCCCUGUGAGAGGUGCAAUUCUGCUCAACGAGGCUAUGGACUCCACAAUUUUGGUCAAAGGUUGGAAGAAAGGCGCCAACUGGAGCUUUCCUCGCGGGAAAAUAAACAAGGACGAAGACGAUCUCGAAUGUGCCAUUCGCGAAGUGUACGAGGAAACAGGAUACGACUUGCAUGCAGCUGGCUUGGUUCCCGAGAACCGCGAUGUCAAAUACAUCGAGGUCACCAUGCGGGAGCAGCAACUAAGGCUUUACGUCUUCCGCAAUGUUCCCAUGGACACACAUUUCCAACCCCGAACCAGAAAAGAGAUCAGUAAGAUUCAGUGGUAUAAGUUAUCUGAGCUUCCUGCCUUCCGGAAGAAGGGCGCGCAAAACCAGAACGACGCGGCCGCGGCUGCGAAUGCCAACAAGUUCUACAUGGUAGCUCCAUUCUUAGUGCCCUUGAAAAAAUGGGUUGUGCAGCAAAAGAAGAGGGACGCUGUCAAAGGACCCAACGAUGCGCAAUUCCAGCCUCACGCCCUUCACGAUGAGCUCGUGACCGAAGACGACGUUUGGCAAACAGAACCGGUAACGGAUGCCUCGACACGAACACCAGCCCUAGACACUCUAGAGGGUGCAACUAUGGAGUUGCAGCGUCUUUUGAAAGUUCAGCCUGCGGCGGCUCAAAGUGCUUCUGUUCCCACCUCUUCAGAGAGCGGAGGAGAUAAGGGCGCGUCGCUACUAGCAAUUCUUCAGGCGAAGAACCAGGCUGCCGUCAAGGCUGCUCCAGCUGCGCCGGCACCGCAUACGCCUCUCGAUCACACCAUUGGAGAGGUCCCCCAGCCGCGAAGCCCUCACGGACAACACCAUUCUCAGCAACGGGUGCCGCUGGCGAGCUAUCAACACCCGCCCGGUUUCCCAGUUACUCCAGACGGAACUCCACAGCAAUGGGCCUUCUCUCAGCAUGGCAACGCCGAAGGCAUGGCCCACCAGGUCAGGCAACAAGAUCCAUCGUUGACGAAUGGACCUCUUUACGGCCACCUGCUACCCCCGUUGAGACAUCCGCAGCCGUUGCCUCCUCAGGUUCAAAAGUCUUUGCUCAGCAGAGGGGCUUUUGCCGACAGUACACCACCCCCUCCGCCAAAGCAUGCGCAGGGGACUCUGAACGAACCUGUACCCACCGCGCAAUAUCAGCAAGCAUAUUUUCAACAGCAAACCCAGAACCUGCUGUAUCAACCCAAGCCGCCUGCUGGGCAGCUCUCAAAUCAAUCUAUGGCUCUACUGGGAGUCCUCAAAUCCGAUACCAAGGCCAUCAGUCCAGACAGAGGUCAGGUCCCAGGGUCCUACAGCCAGCCCACCCGCGCGCAUGUUCAGCAUUCUAGCGGUAUGCACAGUCAUGGAGGGGCUCAAGGGCAUGUUCAGCAGCCUGGCUUACCGUUCUCGAAUGCAAGUCCAGUCCAUUCCAACCCAAAUCAGGCCAUGAGCCAGCGGGGCCAGCAACUUGUCGACCCAGCUCAUCGCUCUGCUCUCCUCAAUAUGUUCAAGAAGCCCGAAACCAGCUUUUCUCCUGCCAAUCAACCUGCUGAACUUCCAGCAACUACUGCGAGUGCCGCGCUUCUCAAGGGAAUCUCGACCACGAGGGGAGACAACCAGGACAUUCCCAGCCCUGUCUUCCAAAACCGCAGCACUCAACCCGUGUCAAGCAGUCCUCUCAGCAGGCCCCCCCAGGGACCUGCAGAUCUUGCAACUCAAAUGUCGUCACAUAAUCUAUCACUUCAAUCGCAACAAAUCGGAGGAACUGAGUAUCGAAGCCCUCGUUCUACCAGUGGCUACAGCCCCAGAAUAACGGAAACCCGAAGUGUAUACAAUCAGGGCGCAAUCAACCAAUUGGCGGUUCUCAACAACUCUCCUCAAUUACACUCUAGCCAUGUCUCGCAGCACAUGGAGAGCGUGAAUAAGCCGACAGGACCUCAUAGUCCCGCUAUGGCAGCACUCCUCGGGGCCGCUGGUGCGGACAAGCCCGCCAGUCUGGCAAGCCCUCCGGCAGCAUCCGCGCUUCCAGCACCAGCUGCGUUACAGCGCAAGCCCGAGAUGUCCACGGAACAGAGGCAGAAGCUUCUUUCGCUUUUCGGAAAGCCACAGUCGCCCAGUCCUGGUCCGGGCUAUGCGGUAGAUGACAAGGGAAAGACGAGAGAGAUAAUGCCGCCUGAUAUGGGGGGGAUGCGAUCACGGGUGGCGUCUCUUGCCUCCGCAAGCGGGCAAGGCUUGCCUGAAGGCCUGCCUGAAUCCCGACGUGGCAGUCAAACACCCAUUUCGCCCGCGGAUCGUAGCUUCCUGCUAGGCUACUUAACAUCAGUAGCGAACAACAGCAAAUAG